CACGUGACCAGUCAGCUGGUCUUCAGCACAUCCGCCUGACCCGCUUCUGUUUACAAAUCAGCAGACAGUCGGACCCAGCAGGAUGAGGAGUCCUGCAUGAUCUGAACAGAGUCGUCUUUUUCUUCUGAGUCUUGGCUGAGGAGAAUCACAAGACUGUGACAGUCCGGCUGGGUCGCGGCCAUGCAGCACCCCAAUUUCGAGACCCGCCACCCGCUCCAGACGGACGAGCAGCAGGAGACGGGCUUCGACCCGCUCAAUAACUUCAACAAGAACCGCAGCAGAGGAUCUCUUGACAGCAGCACUUACUCACAGCCUCACUCAACCUUCCUCUCAUACAGGAAAGAAUGGGACGACUUGUUCCUCAACAGUAAUUACCUGGCCAGGAUCCGGCAGGCAGGCAUCAACGGUCGACUGAGGAGCAGCCGCUUUCGGAGCGUAUGCUGGAAGUUGUACCUGGAGGCUCUUCCAGAAGACAAGGGUCAGUGGAUCAACAAGACCAAGGAGCUCCGGGGCCAGUAUGAGAAGAUCAAAGAGACGCACAUCACCAACCCUCGUAAGGCCAAAGGCCAGCAGGACCUGGUGGUCAACAACCCACUGUCCCAGGAUGAGGGGAGCUUGUGGAACAAGUUCUUCCAGGAUAAAGAGCUGAAGGGGAUGAUCAAACAGGACGUGAUGAGAACGUUCCCGGAGAUCCGUUACUUCCAGGACGACGAUGUGAGGACCAAGCUGACUGACAUUCUCUUCUGUUACGCCAGGGAAAACGAACAGUUACUGUAUAAACAGGGGAUGCACGAGUUGCUGGCUCCCAUCGUGUUUGUGCUGCACUGUGACCAUCAAGCCUUCCAGCAUGCCAGCGAGACAGCCAGCCCCAGCGAGGAGAUGAAGUGUCUGCUGAACCCAGUGUACCUCGAGCACGACGCCUAUGCCAUGUUCUCGCUGCUGAUGGAGACAGCGGAGCCGUGGUUCUCCAGCUACGAGAGGGAAGUGAGGAAGGGUAAAGAAGAGAUGCUGACCAGCAUCCCCUUCGCUCGGCCCCAGGACGCAGGGCCAUCUGUUGCCAUCGUGACCAAAGUCAACCGCAUCCAGGACCAGCUGGUGAAGAAGCACGACAUCGAACUGCACAUGCACCUCAACCGGCUGGAGAUCGCCCCGCAAAUCUACGGCAUCCGGUGGGUACGUCUGUUGUUUGGCCGUGAGUUUCCGCUCCAGGACCUGCUGGUGGUCUGGGAUGCCCUGUUUGCUGACAGCAUCACUCUGGACCUGGUGGACUACGUCUUCGUGGCCAUGCUGCUCUACAUCAGAGAUGCCCUCAUUGCUAGUAACUUCCAGACCUGCCUGGGCCUUCUGAUGCACUACCCUCCGUUAGGAGACAUCAACUCUCUGCUGCAAAAGGCACUUUUCCUCCGAGAUCCCAAAAACAAUCCGCGACCUGUCAACUACCAGUUCCAGCAGAACCUGGAUUAUUACAAAACCAGGGGGGCUGACCUGAUGAACAAGACACGCUCUGGUUCCAGUACAAAAGCAGCCCCCCUCAACAUCAACAAAGUCUCCAGCAGCCUGCUGAGCUUCGGCAGGAAGCUCAUCGCUCCAGCCAUAUCGGGCGGCUCCAGCGGCGUCUCGCCAAUCAACAGCGAGGUACACUCCUCCUCUUCCUCCUCCUCGUCAACGUCCCCCGCAUCGGCACCCCCGCCCGCCCUGUCUCACCCGCUGGCUGAGCCCCCGUCAGGCCACGCCCCUCAACUGACCCAGAGCUACACCCAGAAUCAACACUACCGCCUGCUCAAGUCGGAGAGCAUGCCUGUCCACCUCAGCAAAGAUGUAGUUUCAGGUGGAGUGUCUCAGAGCUCUCUCCCAGCCCAGAUUCACACUGACACACAAGGCCAAAGCUCCAGGCCGGUCAGCUCCUCUCCCAGCAUAGAAAGCCUCUCAGGUGGGCGGGCUCAGUCCACCGCCUCCCCGCCACUUCCCCCCUCCAGAGGGAGUGAUGUCAGCACUUCAUCUCCGCCACUCUCCGCCACCAAGAAGGAGUCUUUCUUCAACAUCACUCGCUCCCGCUCCCACAGUAAGACCAUUGGGAAGAAAGAGAUGGACGAGGACUUGGAAGCCCAGGUAUCGUUCCUGCAGGGCCAGAUCAACGACCUGGAGGCUAUGAGCAAAUACUGUGCCAAGAUGAUGAACACUCACAUCUGUAAAAUCCAGGAAGUGAUUCUCCAGGAACACCUGGAGAAAGAGGAUGAAGUCCUGGUGUCUCUGGCUGGACUCAAACAGAUCAAAGACAUCCUUAAGGGGGCGCUCCGCUUCAACCAGAGCCAGCUGGAGGCCGAGGAGAACGAAGAGAUCACUAUUGCCGAUGAUCACUACACCUCCACAGCAGCCGCUGAAUCUGCUCUGAGUGCCAUCAACCACCACAGUGACCACCGACAGCAAGAACAGAGCAGGCGGAGCCGGGACUCUGACAUGGACGGGAGCGUGAGCACGGACGAGAAAGAAGAGGAGGCGACGACCCCGCCUGAGCAACAGGUGGCCUCUUCCCUCGGCUCAGAGGGUAAGAACUGGGACGAUUACAUCCUCGUUUCCCAGGACGGAGACCUGCAACCUGCAGAUGGAGGAGGAGGAAGGGCUGCGGUCGAGCGCACCCCUCCGAUAAGGCGAGGGCGCGGCUUGGUGCGAAUGGAGCCCGAGGGCGCGGUCGGGACCUUCCACGACCCCCUGAUGGCUGGCACCACCUCGGGCUCCUCCAGCCCAGAUGAGGGCUCCACCCACAGCAAGGAUUCUGACUUUACCAUCGUGAACCCCAACGACCUGUGAGCGAGCAGAACAGCCCUCCCUCCCCUCCUCUUAUGUGAUAUCUCAUUCAGAGGACGCGCUCCAUUAAAGAAAAACUGACUUGGGAUCCGAGGGCGGAAUCGGCCGGAGCAGCUGUCGGCUAAAAAUAUUGCACAUGUGGACUGUGACACAUCCAGUCACAAAUACCUUAUACUCUGUCUCUUUACCUGUCAUCUGUGCCACUUGAGUCCUGUCUGAGCUGAUGCUGUAUGCUAUCUCAUCAACCUAAUGCCUGUCUCCUUAUUAUGUUGGGUCCUGUCACACAUUAUAAUCAACUGUAGUACCCUGCUCCACGGAGAGAGGGCGCCACUGAACUUCUGACCCUGUCACUACAUGAUUUCUCUGACAAGUUGGACCUCAAACUGCAAUUUCCACAUGAGGGGAGGACUCGCUCCCCUUGAGCUUACUGUAAUGAUUGUGGGUGUGAUGCUCUGUUCUCUGAACGUGGAGAUCUGGCCGUACCUCUGCCUGUGUUCUGUCUGUGUGUCUGUCCUCACAGAGGAAGCUCUCGUCACUGAUUCUCAAAGGAAAAGAAGGACGAUGUCCUCCCAUCAGUCGUCGAGGGCAGCUCUCCCCCUCCUAAACCAGUGCCUCUGACCAUUAUUCUUCUUCUCUCAACCAAACAAAACCUAACUCUGUGAUCUUAUUCUCUUUUGUUUUUUGUUUUUUUUAAUUUUUAAGAAAAUAUUUUUAACCCUUAGACCUUUAGCUUCCUGGGUAAAAUAAUAUUAAAUUAUAGGAUAAGUCUUUUUGUUUUUAAAUUGAUUCCAAUGUGGACAUUUUAAUGUGGUAACUUUCAUUUCUCACAUUACAACUGAGUUGUUCUCGUGUCGUUUGGAAACCAUGUAAAGCAGCGCACACAAAGAAUGUCUCUCUAGCUGCCCAUUCAGCGUAAUUAACUCAAGACCAAUAAAACUACAUCGCUCUUGCUAAACACUGGAGUUACUGUGUCUGUCUGGGUACGCAGCGCCUGCCUUUAAGACACUGAUGAAAACUCCUCUGAUGUGUAAAUAUCAGGGUUACACAGUCGGUAUAUAUUAUCACAGAUGACGCCACUGUGGGAGAAAAUGAUGAGUGAUUCAGAAUCGACUCUGACCUUGAAAACUGCUUUUCAUUUGUCAGCUAGGUGCAGUUAGCAGUCGCCCUGGAGAUUUCUAUCAUAUCACAUGAUCUUCAUCAGCACAUUAGGUUUCCACAGCUGUCAUGGAAUUCCUUCUUUGUUGAUCUUGUUGAUGGUUUUUGUGUGUUUGAGGACAAAAUGUACAAACUAUCCGUCAAAUGCUCAGAAACAAGGAUCUCCUGUCAGGCUGCACUGGGGCAGUGUUGUUGUUAGCUUGAUGCUAACGUUUAUGUGAACAUGCUCACAAUGAAGAUGCCAGUUUACUUAAACGUUUACCUUCUUCUGCGUGAUAGUUUAGCAUGUUAGCAUGCUAACUAAUGAACACUGGAAGGUUGCAGGAGUUUGUAAACCAAAGUGUUGCACAAACUCGAGGACAGUGAUUAAAAAUCAGCCUGGGAACACAGGACAGAAUACUGAGAGCAAUAAAGUCUGUAAAACUGUGAACCUGAUCGUAGCACGAGAUGAAAAGUCAGACAGUCAUUCAUCCUCUGUGGAUCAUGGAUCACUUACAGAAACCUAUUGAAAUCUAUCCAGACAUUGUUGAGAUAUUUCAGCCUGGACUUGAGUAGUGAACCAACAAAUACAGCAUGUUAUAUUCA